UACCUCCUCCUGUUUGCAUAGCAGAACCAGAGCUCUCGUGCUCGUGCUCGUGCUCAAGUGCGCACGCCCCCGCACUCACCUGCCUGGCGUUCGAUGGCAACACACAGCCGCUCGUGCGUCGGAGCAGACGCAGACUUUCUUCUACGUCUGUUUUUAAGAAGAAAAAUAACAUUUUAAGAGGAUAAAUUUUGAGGUUUUUAUCCUGUUGUAAAGGUUAAAAGUGUUUGUGAGUGCUCUCUGACAACAGUUAAAGGACGACGGAGGAAGUUGAGCGACAAAGAGGGAAAUUAAAGUGAGUGUUAGCUAACUAACGUUAACAGGGAGACGUUAACGUUAGAAAAACAUGAGGAAAAUGACAAGAAGAAGUUUGUCAUUUGCAGCGGGACUCCUCUCCCAUGCAAUAUGGAUAAGCGCUUGUCAAAGGAGAUUAUGCAGAAAUCUUUGGGACCUUAAAGGAUCUAUGUAACCUCACAGAGAACGUGUGUCACCAUCCUCAUCAUCAACAUCAUCAUAAUCUAUUUUGAUGAUAUCUUCUUGGCUGUGGAAGAUUGCUCAAAACAGAAGAGAUUGACUUGCUCUCUGGAAAUAGCCAGAUUUUUUUUUUUUUUGUUGUUGUUUAAAUUGAUGCAAUCUGACACACAGACUUAGCUUGAAGUUCUCAUUGCUGCAAAAAACACCUGCCAAGGAAAAGAUAAAGAAGUAAACCCUCGUCCAGUGUGUAUUUAUCAUGUAGACAAGCUGACAGACAGACAGACAACCAAAGUGACAAGUCGAUAGACGGUGAGAUCCCUCACACUCACGCAGGUCACGAUGCCAGAUGAGGCACAAGCUUUUCAGGAGAAUGGGAGGCCUGGAGAAGAGGCAUCACAGGUGUCUUUAGUACCGGAUAUUGUGGUCGUUUCCAGUUACGGGGAGGGUAAAAUCGCUGGCGGCAAUAUGCUGGAGCUUGAUGAAUUCAGUAAAGCAACAGAUGGUGUAAAACAAUCCGCACAAAGCAGUGACAUUAACAUUUUGCAAGGAAAUGACAGCACAAAACACGGGAAUGACGUCACUUUAAAUGCAGGCAAUCUUACAGUUGGGAACCAGUCAGGACUCAGUGAAUCCCAGGUUUCCAUACAGGUGGGUGUGGUGAAAACAGCACAGGCCCCUGAACCUCUCAAGGUCAAUUCAAUGACCCUGCAGGCUACGGAUCAUAACGCCCAGGUGAACUCAUUCUGUGAUAGGCUCCAAACAGACAGCAGUUCAUCAUCUCACACAAACGACUGCUGCGACUCUGACUACAGCAGCACAAAAUCCAGCCCUGGUUACGUUUGCACUAGCUUCAGCACUGACCUCUGUGAUGAUGGCUUAUUUGAUCUUGAUGGAAGCUCAUUUGAGAAGACGAAGCCUAUCUCUCCUGUCAGUUUCUCAGAACCCAGUUUAGACGCUCCUCAAUCCAACAAAACCCAUGAAAAUAGUCCAGAUGAAAACAAAGACGAUUCCAAAACAGACUUGACGGUUAAACCAAAAGCAGAAAACACACUCAGUGGCAGUUCGGAAGCGUUCCCAGAGAUGUCAUCCAAAGUCGCCCAAACAAGGAACAGCAUAGAUGUCGGGUGGCAAAAGGAGGAUGGAGACGAGGACAGGCAAACCACCAGGUCCAGGCGGAGUGUGAAAGAUGGGGUGUGUUGCUGCUAUCAGGCGAUGCACAGGGCUUUUCUGCAGUGCGUGGAGGAGACCCCGGCCAUGCUGUCUGGACUGGUGCUGUCUUUGGCCUUCUGCGUGGCCAUCAUCGUACUCAUCCCCGCCACAGGAAGGAACAUCAAUGUCCAUGUCGGUGCCCUGGCGGUGUUGGGUGUGGUUCUGUGUCUGAGUACCGUCCUGCUCGUCUGUCUGCCUUGGCUGGCCACGGUGAGGCGCUGUGGAGGAGCCCUGGCCCUCUUCGUCUGGGGGACGCUGUACGUCACUGCCAUCGUUUUCAUCUUCACUGGAGGACAUGUCACUACGUGGGAACAGGUAGCGUUUUUCCUCUUCCUCUCUGUAAGUGUCUACACAGUGCUGCCUCUGUCUCUGACCUGGGCCCUCAUGGUUGGGAUUGGGACCAGUGUUUCGCACAUCAUCAUCAUCAGUGUCUACGUUUCUGUCACAAGCCCAGAGACACAAGACCUGGCUGUGCAGCUGGUAGCGAAUGCAAUCCUGUUUGUGUGUGUGAACUGCAUCGGGAUUUUCCACCUGUGGACAACCGAGCACGAUCUCAGGAUAUCCAAUCAGAAGAGAGAAGAGUUCAGCACCAUACGCUCCCAGAAGGAAAUAAGGAAAUAUCAGCAGGAGCAGCUCCUCUUGUCGGUGUUGCCACGCUACAUCGCCAUGGAGCUGAAAACGGAGGUGGUAAAGAGACUGUCCAAGCCGAAGAGCGAUAAGGAGAACGAAUCCAACUUCCACAACUUUCACAGCCUGUACAUACGGCAGCACAAAGACGUCAGCAUCCUGUAUGCAGACAUCGUGGGCUUCACAAAGCUGGCGAGUACCUGCUCUCCAGAGGAGCUGGUCGCUGUGCUCAACAAGCUCUUUGGCAGAUUCGACAACAUAGCCAAGGAGAAUGGAUGUCUUCGCAUUAAAAUCCUGGGUGACUGUUACUAUUGUGUAUCCGGUCUGCCUGACCCCAUUCCCACCCAUGCCAGCAACUGUGUUCAGAUGGGGCUGGACAUGUGCACGGCCAUCAGUAAACUGCGUGAGGCAACAGGUGUUGAGAUCAGCAUGCGGGUCGGAGUUCACACUGGCAACGUGCUCUCUGGUGUGAUCGGCUUGCAGAAGUGGCAGUAUGACGUGUGGUCACAUGAUGUAACGUUAGCCAACCACAUGGAGUCUGGAGGUCUUCCUGGACGAGUCCACAUCACAGAGGAGACACUGCAACACUUGAAUGGAGCGUACCAAGUGGAGGAUGGGGACGGGGGGAGUCGGGAUCCUCUCCUUAAAGGAAGAAAAACUUACCUAGUGAUUGACCCCCAAAAGCUGGACAGCAUCUCCAGGAGGACAAAAUUGGCAAACUCGCUUGCAUCAGGCGAGACCAGGCAACGGGCGUCAGUCCGCAUGUCUCAGUACCUGCAGUCCUGGCAGACCAUUCACCCCUUCGCUGACCUAAGCAACCCUGAUGCCACAUCCUCCAAGAAGCCCAUCAUCGCUGCCAGUGUUGUCAGUAACCAGUCACAGCUUACUGCAGAGAGACCAACUUGCCAGAAUAACCCUGGCAGUUUGGUUGUGGCUAAUGGUGUCAGGGGAUCACUGGACACAGUGGAGACUGCAGGGAGGAGAGCGAAGAAGCUCAACUGUGUGACUCUGCUGUUUAAUGACCUCAGUCUGGAGAAACAGUUCCGCUUUUCAGAGGUCAAGGGUUUGCACCACUCAAUAAGCUGCCUAGCUUUGGUGUUCGUUACUGUUUUCACCGUCCAGAUGCUUGUCUCUGAAAAGAACUUUGAGUUGGCAGUGUCCUACGGUGCAACCUUCCCUGUGCUUGUGCUGCUUCUGUCCAUCGCUUUCACCGGAUACUUGGAGAAGUGGCGCACCAAGAUUCCUUUGGGUAUCCAAUGGAUAUCAGGACUGUCCCGUGGCGUUUCGACCAGGUCGGCGCUGCGACUGUUUGUGGUCGUUCUCUGUGUGCUCAUCACCCUGCUUAUGGCAUUCCUGAACUUGUUCUUCCAGCCAGGAAACAACUGUACCACUACGAACAGGACGGAGCUUGAGGGUCUCAAACUUUACGCUGUGCCUUACUACCUGUACUGCUGCCUGCUGGCCAUGCUGGGAGUGAUCGUAUUCGUCAGGACGUGCUUGUCCAUGAAAGCACUGCUGCUCACCCUGGCUGUGGUGGUUUACCUCGCCCUCUUCCUCCAUGUUUUUGCCCCGAGGUCCAUGUGCCUCAUCGACCUGCUUUACAACAACACAAACCCGGGAGUGCUGAAGGACCCUCGUAUCAUGUCCGGGGUUUGGCUGGUCAUCUUUUAUAUCGUAUGCCUCAUACUGGCCAGACAGGACGAACUUGGUUGCCGUGUUGACUUCCUGUUGGAGCGAUGUUUCCGAACAGAAAGAGAGGAGAUGGAGACCGUGGUGAACGUCAACAAGCUUCUCCUCCAGAACGUCCUGCCGCUCCACGUUACCUGCUUCUUCAUUGGCAAAACUGUUCGGAACCAGGAUCUUUACAGUCAGUCAUAUGACUGUGUGUGUGUGAUGUUCGCCUCGGUGCCUCAGUUCAAAGAGUUUUACAGCGAGAGCAGUGCCAACAGGGACGGUCUGGAGUGUUUGCGCUUCCUCAACGAGAUCAUAUCAGACUUUGACGAGCUUCUCUCCAAGCCCAAAUUCUCCUCGGUGGAGAAAAUCAAAACCAUCGGCAGCACAUACAUGGCUGCUGCGGGUCUGACAAAAUCACUUCCAGGAGAUGAUAGAAAGAAAUUUGACAUGCCCUACAGUCAUGUGCGUGCCAUGGUGGAGUUUGCCAUCGCUCUGAUGGGCAAACUGGAGCUUAUCAACACACACUCUUUUAACAGCUUCAAACUCAGGAUCGGAAUAAACCAUGGUCCAGUGAUUGCUGGGGUGAUCGGAGCUCAUAAACCCCAGUAUGAUAUCUGGGGGAACUCUGUUAACGUGGCCAGCAGGAUGGAUAGCACAGGAGUGCUGGACAAGAUACAGGUGACGGAGGAGACGGCCCAGUUGGUCCAGAGCAUAGGAUACAGCGUCACCCUCAGGGGAGUAGUCAACGUCAAAGGCAAAGGGGAGCUUACCACCUACUUUGUUAACACGGAGCAAUCAUCUCCUCAGUUCUGACCUCCACAGUCAAAGACAGAACAGACUUAAACUUAUCACUCAGACCUGGGUCCAAACAUUAGUUGCAAAGGCUUCUUAUGUGUUGUUUUGAUGAAACUCAUGCACCAGAUGAGUGGAUCUUGUUGCAGCCAACAGCCUGGCUUUGCAUGACUCAUCCUUGUUGCCUACAGAGAUGAACACAAUGACUUGGAAAUACUUCUGUAGUUUCAAACUUAACCAUCAUCAGCGUUUGCACUGACUCACUGCUGAAACCGAGCUGUAGCAACACAGAUCAUCAACUGUUAAUCAUUUACAUCUACCAAGGAGCUGCCUGUGUCUUUUGGAUGAGACACUAAAUAAAAUUCUGACCAGUAAAAUGAAGACAUGAGACUACAACUGGCCACUGAAAGCAGAAAGCUUUCUACUCAUGGACCGUACAGUGGACAACCGUGUUGCUUACUGUAUCUGUACUGUAUGUGCACUAUGUGUGUCAAGUCCCUGUCACACAAUGUUCACUGCUUUAUUCUGAAAACAUAUAACCUUAAUGAUACUUUUUGGUACAUUUAACAUGGCUGAAUCACAUGCAUUGUCAACUUAAACAACAAUGUUAAUUUAUAUGGUUAUUUUAUUGGAAAAAACAAGGUUUCCAUCUUAUAUCAGAGAUUUCUGUUGUUUUGUGAGGUAAGCUAUGCCUCACAUGAAACUAUUUAUAUUACUUACAAUAUUUUCACUCUAUUCUGUUUUCACAAAGUUACAAAAAACAUAUAAGUUUUAGCUCUGAUUUUAUUCAGAAUCUGAGUAAGUUGAUACAGAAUAUUCACAUACACAAAAAUGAGGGGCAGAUAUUUUGUGUACUUGCAGCAGUAAUGCGAUUGGUCUUUUCCAUUGGCUCCCAACCCCCAAAGGGUGACAAGAUAAACCGGAGGCGGUCACAGGAUGAUUCAUGGCAUAAGAAAGAAGAAAAAAACACAGGAUUGUUAUUAAUAUAAAUUUCAUCUUUCAUUUUUUUCUCCAAUCUGUGCUUUUAUUGUGAAAUGCUGGAUAGUUUUACCUUCUAAGCUCAAUGAAAAUUAUUCAAAUGCAUCAACCUGAAGAGGGGAAAAUUACUCUUGGUAUAAAGUUCACAAACCCAAUAAACAUGUCUAAGUAGAGGUGGCUUUAUUUAGGGUUUACCAUGCCAAAAAUGUCUUGUCUUAUCUUGUCUGACCAUUCACGGCUGGAACCGUAGAGAUUUACUGCAACUGUUUUUUAUUCGCUACUGCCCAAAACUGACAAUAAUGAUGCUGUGACACAUUUACACCCAGGAAUAAUGAUUUGUUGAGCCAUGAAAAGUCAGAUAAAGCACCUUUGACAUUGCACUUUUCAAUUUGAUGUAUUUUUUAAGGAGAGUUCUGUGUUAUGAUUUGAUGAUUAUACACAAUAUUUGCCCUUUCUUAUUAAAUAUGUGUAUCUAUGAGGGAUGAUCUGAAGUGUGAAUGUACAAAGAGUUGUUCUAUAUAGGGAAAUAUUUUUUCUAUUUUAUUUAUAAACUAAUAAAAAUAAAACCACUUGU